AGGCAGAAUUUGGAUCGGGAUUUAGGACUGGGAGUGUUGAGACGACUCGAACAGUCUCUAGUUUAUCUUUCUCUUUUCGGUUUAUCAAUUCUACGUCAAUUUUCAUCUCUUCCACUCUGGUUCCUAACAUUGGUAUCAGAGCAGUCCGCUCUGGGAAGCUUCGAUCUAAGUCACGCGGUAAAAAAUGGAGCAGCGCAGGGAUUAUCAAAGGUCAAAACGGAAAGUGGUCACCUCUGGUUUGUACGUGACAAUUGAGAAGCGUGUGUCUACGCAAAAGGGAAAGGAACCCCAUCGAAAAACCGAUCAAAAUGCCUCGCGCGGAAAAGUGGGGAAGGGUGCAAACCUGGAGAAUGGCAAACGUCGACGGCGAGGACGAUCGCGAACAGUGCGACGCUGCGAGAAUUCGAAACGCAGAGGUUAUUCGUCAUCGCAGACUCUGGAGCAACCUGUUUCUCCUAGUUCGCAGGUUUCAUCUCUCACCAGUUCGCAGUCGCCAGAAGUUUCUUACAGUUCGCCAUCUACGCUCCAAACAGUAUCUUCCUGUUCUCAAUCUCCAUCGCAAGCGGAUUCCUACACUUUGCAAGCUUCAACGUCCCCUCAGGAGUCCGAUAAUCAGCGACAACCUGUCCCUGGAGGUGUUUUUUCUUCGCGCCCCAGAGAAAAGGUAGAAGAGGAGAGAGUCCAGUUGGGUCCUAACAGUGCUGAGGAUGUUCAGAGGGUUGUUAAUCUAGAGCGAAAUUCCGUUAGAGAAGAUGAUAAAUCUUCUCUGGAGACCAAGCGGAUGUCAGUGGGUGUUAUAGGUGGCCCUUGUGAAAAUGGCGUUACUGGCAAUCAUAGGUCAAUGGGGGAAGUGUCAAAGGGAGUUGAAGUUUUUUUUAGCUCAGGAUUCCCUGAAGAGCAGAAUCAGUAUCUCAUUCCUGGUUUCUUCACAGAUGCAUUAACCGUUGGUGAAAAUGUUCUGGGAAUACCAACAGCUUGUGUACUGACAGAUGGGGGCAUAGGGUUUGGUGGUUUGCUCCAUAUUGCAAUUGCUGAUAAAUGGAUUGAAAUUCUCAAGGAAAGAGAUAAGGACGGGAAAAUGGAAGACGGUGUUAACACACUUACUACAAGAAGGUGGAUGAAGAAGUGUGCUACUUAUGUUGAUAGUAAUGACCACGCUCUAGGCGGUGAAGGUGUGGUAUUGUUCUGGGGUGCCUUAGCAAAGAAAUUGGUGGAGGAUGAUCCACAAACUAAUGCAAUGGAAGGAUCAGACCCUAGGCAUGGGCAUCCGUGUGUGACCACUAGUACAAUGAUAUGCAGGGGAGAAACCAUCCGUUCGCAGGUACCACCAAAAGAACGGGAGAUAUCCUGGGAAAGAAGCCACAUACGCCCAGGAAGGGAGAUUUACCUGUUCAUAUCAAAUUGUGCUUAUCACUCCUUCACGAACUCUGUAGGUGCACUUGCUGGGGAUUGCAGAGGGUGCUGGGAUGAAAGCUAUACUAAUAUAAAGGUUUCUACCAACGAGGUUAUACCACUAUCAAUUGUUCAGAAACGGUACGGGAUUCACAUGGUUUCUAGUCAAAAAGUAGAUGCUGAACUUGUAGUAAAAGACGGUUCUCUUGUGAAUUGUGAAAUAAAAAGUGGAUCACAGCACCUAGGUGUGGAAUCUCCGGAAAUGCGAUAUGUUGUCAUUUUGGAUCUGCCAAGGGAACCUGCAUGCAUACUACCAGCUGAAGAUAGAGUCCUUAGACAAGGGAAAGAGAAUGCCUUCAAAAUAUCCAUCUUUUGUGCAAAGGAUACCUCAGACGAAGUUAGUUGGCAAAACCUAAAUAAAAGUCUGCAUCGAGUUUCAUCGGGAGUGAAUGGAAAGUAUGAGGCAGUUCAGGAAAUAGAGGUUGAUAUUGUUUAUCACCUUGAAAGAACUGUUGGAAGUGAAGAGAAGCUAUAUAGGAGAAAAAAUGGUGAUAGUCUUUCGCAUGCAACAGAAAAUAAAGAAUUAAAUAAGAGGAUGACUAAGGGUAAUCAAGAACAGAAUGAGAGUUAUGCAUAUCCAUCAUUUUCUCCUGCAAACAACCUUGAACAAGCUACUACCGACACCAAUCAUUGUGACUGUCUGAUGGUUGAAGCUCUCAAUCCAAAUGGGAAGGUUUUCCCACUUCAUGUAAUCAAGCUGAAGUAUUGGGAAGGAAGAGGCGCGAGAAUGAAGCUGAACAGCAUGGCUAUAUUCUUACUCCCACCUUGAGGACAAGGUGGUUGUCAAAGGGGGAGUGAUGAUAGGGACCCAGGCAUUACAAAGAAUAAGAGAUUAUUAAGUAUUUUAAUGCUGUUCAAUAAUAGGGUUUUAGGCCCUCUAAUUUAAUAGAAGUGGGCUGGCCCAUUAGAAAUAGAAUAAAUAAGGGAGAGGGGGUGAGGAGUUAGGCAGGCAGAAUUUGGAUCGGGAUUUAGGACUGGGAGUGUUGAGACGACUCGAACAGUCUCUAGUUUAUCUUUCUCUUUUCGGUUUAUCAAUUCUACGUCAAUUUUCAUCUCUUCCACUCUGGUUCCUAACAGUUUGACUAUAAACCACCUUUAUUAAAUAUGGGACCUUAAGCAGAAAUAUGAGUAGUAGGGGUGGAGAAUGAACGGGAAAGAAGGGAAUUAGUUUCUGAAAAGCUUAGAUAUCAACUCAACCCGUCCAAGCAAAAACUGAAAUAGAUGGUUGACAAGGGAAGAAGUGAACCAUGGUACUGGGUUUAUCUUAACCUCAAACCCUAUAGGCAAAUGAACAUGCAGAAGUCAGCAAUGUGGAAAUUAAAUCUCAAAUAUUGUGGGCCUUUUCCAAUCACAUAAAAAGUUGGAGCAGUUGCUUAUAAACCGGACUUACCAACAUGGAGUAAAAUACAUCCAGUAUUUCAUGUUUCUUUACUAAAGAAACACGUGGGAUCGAAGGAGAGGCUUUCAAGCUCUAUACCUGGCAUGAUUGAGGAUGAGAAUGCAAUGCUAGUACUUGUUGGAAUUUUAGCUAGAGGGAUAUAUUUUAGAAAAAAUAAUGCAGAUAUGGCUGAAGUCCUUAUCAAAUGGCAACAUUUGCAACAAUGUGUGGUUAUCAGAUAUGGGAGGAUUAUAAUGUGGUUAUAAAACAAUUUCCUCAUCUAGAAGCAUGCAGACAAGCUUCAAAAGAAGGAGAGAACAAUUUUAAGACCAGAGUUUCCUUAUCUAAAACCAUAGCGAUGGGAAAAGGCCUAGCUACGCAAAUAUUAAAGAAUUGGAAGCUGCCAGCUGGAAGUUGGGCAGCAGGCUGAGCAACAGGCUUAUGGUAGUUGGGCAGAGGGCAACUGGUAGACGUUAGUUAGCUAGUCUAUUAGCUAACUAAUUGGGAAGCCUUGGGCUCCUAGAAAUAGUUUAUAGAUAACUUAUUGUUAUGUCUCUUCUCCUCUUGAAAUGUUACGUUCAGUUUCUCUCAAUUAUCUAAUUUCUCU